AUGUUGCUCAAAGUACUAAUAGCUCUGUGCCUGGUUCUAGCUGUUGUUGCGGAGCCGCCAGUAAUUGGGUCCGAGCUUUGCCACUCCAUAGAGUCAAAGGACUGCUCUGUGUAUGAAGAGGAAGUUGUGUGCGGAUCUGACUUCAAGACCUACAGAAACAGCUGUGAAUUUGCCAAGGGUAUCUGUAGCCAUCAUGGUCAUAGUCUUCACGCUGUACACUUUGGACCAUGCCAGUAA